AUGUCGCCCUCCGUCGAUCCCAUCCCCGCCGCCCUUAUGCUCCGCAGCAAAUUCCCCGCUCCGACCCAUCCCGACCGUCUCCACGUAAAACGCAGCGCCAAAGCCUUUGGCAGCGGUGCAGAGUCCCUUGUUGAUCUGCCGGCCGGUGCGCUUUUUGCCAAAAUCACGGGCACCACGCCCGGCAAGAAGGCCUAUACCAGUGUGCAGACGGGACGCGACUCACACAUCGAGCUGAAUUCUGACUUGGUUUACUGCAAUCAUUCAUGUGCGCCGAGCGUGGUUUUUGACAUGGCCCGCAUGGAAGUGCGCGUGGUCGAUGAUAAGCCGUUAAAGAAAGGCGAUGCCCUCACUUUCUUCUAUCCCAGUACGGAGUGGGACAUGGAUCAGGCAUUCACAUGCUCCUGUGGGGCCGAGGAGUGCAAAGGCUGGAUCUCGGGCGCCAAGACGAUGCCUUUGGAGGCACUUGAGGGUUAUUGGCUCAAUGGACACAUCGCUGAGUUACUAAAUGAGCGCAAGUGA